AGACCAGCAGGACCACAUGAUACCAUGAAGAGAAGCUUACAGGUCCUCUAUUGCCAACUGUUUAGUGUUCUGCUGAUCUUGGCACUGACAGAAGAGCUGGUGUUUUCCAUUCAGGUCCCGUCUCCCGCUGCCUCCUCCUCUCAGGGCUUCCUGAUGGACACUACCGCUGUCGCUUUGUACUCAGGACAGACUCGCCCCAGGGGGAAACUCUCCCAGGAUUCCCAAGGGAACUUCACAGAGCCAUCAGAGCCUUACCUGAAGGCGGCCCUGCACUCCCCCUUCCCCAGCCUGAGCGGCCCCUUCGCAGAGAACCCGUAUCCCUCCCCGACCGCUGCUUCCAGCGGUCCCACCGGCACGGGGCUGGCAAGAACUACGCACCCGGCCCCUUCUCCCCACAGCAGCACCUCAGGAGGCCCAAGGCAAGCAGAGCAUGGGGACGGCACGGAGCCACUCGGGCGGGAAGCGGGUUUUGCCACCGCCGCUGCCGGACCGUCGACCGAUCCCGGAGUGGCAUCGGUGCCUUUUGACCGCCCCCACUAUGAUCUAUGGGAUAUGCUGAGCAAAAACAGCUCCUGGGUAACCUUGAACCUCAGUACGAAUGUCCCCUUGUUUGCCGGCCCCGGAACUGCGACGGCAGCAGCAGGUCACGCCGUUCAGACCGGUUUCGAUGUCUCCUCUGCGACAGCAGGCGACCCCAGGGGAGCUGCUCCCGGCGCGGUGCCAGAUGCCACCGUGUUGGGCAGCACUGUCCCCACGGCCCCCGCCACGGGCUUGUCCAGCUCCUUUUCCACCGCUGGCUCCACUGCAACUGGCAACUUCCUAAACAGACUGGUGCCUGCCGGGACCUGGAAACCCGGCGUGCAGGGAAACGUCUCCCAUGUCACUGAGGGGGACAAGCCCCAGCACAGAGCAACCAUCUGCCUCAGCAAGAUGGACAUUGCCUGGAUCAUCCUGGCUAUCAGUGUACCUAUAUCCUCAUGUUCAGUUCUGCUGACAGUCUGCUGCAUGAGGAGGAAGAAAAAGACAUCUAACCCAGAAAACAAUCUGAGCUAUUGGAAUAAUGCUAUCACCAUGGACUACUUCAACAGGCAUGCUGUAGAGCUACCCCGAGAGAUCCAGUCCCUGGAGACUUCAGAGGACCACCUCUCGGAGCCGCGCUCCCCAGCCAACGGCGACUACCGGGACAGCGGCAUGGUCCUCGUGAACCCCUUCUGUCAAGAAACUCUGUUUGUAGGACAUGAGCAAGUGUCUGAAAUAUGACCCCAUAGCUGCCCGUGUAUUGCAGUUUCCUCUUGACUCUCUCCAAAUUAUAAAUAAAUAUAUAUAUUAUAAAUAUAACCUUUGUGUAACCCUGAACUACGAGAAAUGUUUUCAGCUUUUUUUUCCCCCCCUCAGAAUUGUAACCUCUUUUUUAUAAGUGUGGUAAAACUUUACAGAACAAACUGUGGCUUUAUAAAAUAAAGGUAUUUCUAAGCAAAA